UCUCAAGGCAGAGUCUCUUCUCAAAGGCUGUUUCACAGUGAAAAUAUGCUCAGUGCAGCCGAGUGCAUGAAUGAAAAAGCCUCUGGUACCUUCUAGUCUGGCAAAAUGCAGCACAAAACUCAACUUGUUCUGUCCUUUCUACUGUCCCAGGUUUUGCUGCUUGCAUUUGCAGAAGAUUUAGAAUGCAUCCCUGGAUUCCAGCAAAAGGUUUUUUAUAUCGAACAGCCAUCGGAAUUCACAGAGGACCAGCCAGUUCUGAACUUGGUGUUUGAUGACUGCCAGGGGAAUAACAAGUUGAACUUCGAAGUUUCUAACCCAGACUUCAAGGUGGAAAGCGAUGGGUCUUUAGUUGCGCUGAAGAAUAUAUCGGAAGCUGGCAGAGCCUUGUUUGUCCAUGCGCGGACUGAGCAUGCUGAGGAUAUGGCAGAAAUUUUGAUUGUUGGAGCAAAUGAAAAACACGCUAUGUUAAAGGAAAUCUUUAAGAUAGAAGGCAGCCUUGGAAUUCCAAGACAAAAAAGAGCUAUUUUGGCAACUCCAAUUUUAAUUCCAGAAAAUCAAAGACCACCAUUCCCCAGAUCUGUUGGCAAGGUCAUCAUCAGCGAGGGGACGGAGGGAGCGAAGUUUCGGCUCUCCGGUAAGGGAGUAGACCAGGAUCCUAAAGGGAUUUUUCGGAUCAAUGAGAUCAGCGGGGAAGUCUUCGUGACCCGAGCCCUCGACAGAGAAGCAAUCGCCAAUUACGAGCUGGAAGUUGAGAUCACAGAUUUAAGCGGGAAAAUCAUUGAUGGCCCAGUCCGUCUAGACAUUUCUGUAAUUGAUCAAAAUGAUAACAGGCCAAUGUUCAAAGAAGGACCCUAUGUUGGUCAUGUCAUGGAGGGAUCUCCUACAGGAACUACCGUGAUGCGGAUGACAGCAUUUGAUGCUGACGACUCUAGCACAGACAACGCUCUUCUGCGCUAUAAUAUACUUAAACAGACGCCUACCAAACCGUCUCCAAACAUGUUCUAUAUCGAUCCAGAGAAGGGGGACAUUGUCACAGUGGUGUCACCGGUACUGUUGGAUCGUGAGACUAUGGAAAACCCCAAAUAUGAGCUGGUAAUAGAAGCUAAGGACAUGGGUGGCCUUGAUGUGGGUUUAACUGGGACAGCGACUGCCACUAUUCUUAUUGAUGACAAAAAUGACCAUCCACCAGAAUUCACCAAGAAGGAGUUUCAAGCCACGGUAAAGGAGGGUGUCACCGGUGUGAUAGUAAACUUAACUGUGGGCGACCAAGACGACCCCGUGACUGGAGCGUGGAGAGCUGUCUACACCAUUAUUAACGGGAAUCCAGGGCAGAGUUUUGAAAUCCAUACCAACCCCCAGACUAAUGAGGGAAUGCUCUCUGUUGUCAAACCUUUAGAUUAUGAGAUUUCAGCAUUCCACACGCUGCUGAUCAAAGUAGAAAACGAAGACCCACUGAUCCCAGACAUAGCCUAUGGUCCCAGUUCCACGGCAACGGUUCAGAUCACUGUUGAGGAUGUGAAUGAAGGUCCUGUUUUCCACCCGAACCCAAUGACAGUGACAAAACAAGAAAACAUCCCUGUAGGCAGCGUUGUGUUAACGGUAAAUGCCACUGAUCCAGAUACUUUGCAGCAUCAGACUAUCAGAUAUUCAGUUUACAAGGAUCCAGCGGGCUGGUUAGAAAUUAACCCUACCAACGGUACCAUUGGCACCACCGCCAUCCUGGACCGUGAGUCUCCUUACGUGCACAAUAACGUGUACACUGCUCUGUUUCUGGCCAUAGACAGCGGUAACCCUCCUGCAACAGGUACAGGAACUUUACACAUCACCUUGGAGGAUGUCAAUGACAAUAUCCCGUCCCUUUAUCCAACACUGGCGAAAGUCUGUGAUGAUGCAAAAGAUCUCAGGGUAGUGGUAUUAGGAGCGUCAGAUAAGGAUCUUCAUCCCAAUACAGAUCCAUUCAAGUUUGAACUGAGUAAGCAAUCUGGCCCAGAUAAAUUGUGGAGAAUCACCAAGCUUAACAAUACGCACGCCCAGGUCAUCCUGCUGCAGAAUCUGAAAAAGGCCAAUUACAACAUCCCGAUUUCAGUGACAGAUUCUGGGAAACCACCUCUGACUAACAAUACAGAACUGAAAUUACAAGUGUGCUCCUGCAAGAAAUCCAAAAUGGACUGCAGUGCGACUGAUGCCCUUCACAUCAGCGUGACCCUUAUCCUUCUUUCACUCUUCAGUUUAUUUUGUCUGUAAGAACUCGUGACACUUGAAGCUGUCCUACCGAGUUGCCACGGCAACGGGAAAAAAAGAAAAACGUCAGCGCGGAAGACUGCAGUUUACAGUUACUGUUCUUCACUACUAGGCCUCAGUUGCUCCAGAUCCAGUUUAAUUUGCAACCUCACUUAAUCUGCCCGGCUAUACAUCGGUGUUUGACAGCCUCUACCCUUACUUUCCUUUAUUAAUGGAUUUCUCUGGCACGAUGUAAGGUUUAGCGAGUUUUCACUGAAUGUUAAAAGACCAUGCCAUCUAAACGUGACCUUGGGGGAGCAGAAAGCAGAAUGACUCCAUUUUUUUUUUCUAUCAUCUGUUGACUUGUUGCUAUUCAACUGUUCAGAAAAUAUUUUGUCUGUGGGUUAGUAUUUGUAUAUGUAUGAGUGUAUGUAUAUAUAUAUAUAUAUAUUUAUAGCAAGAGGAGAAGUUAUACGACAGGUUUAGCUUUUUGAGAACGUUCAGCUGGAGCGCGGCGAGGGCCGGAGCGGAGUAGCGUGGCCCAGGGUGACUUGCAGCCCUUCUAGCACGGCUAAACCUCUUGUAUUUGCCGUUUAUAGCGUGGCCGAAAGGAGAGAGCCGGCUGCAGCCGUGGCCCCGGCACAGCCGCCCGGGCGACGCCGCGGCGAGCGGGUCCGGGGCUCUGCGGUGUCGCUUCUUGCCCCUUCCUCUAAGGUGCAGCCGCGGGAGGCUGAGCAGCCUGGGUCCGUCUCUAAAACCGACGGGACGUGCAGGGCUGGAUUUGAAAGGGGGCUAAACCCGGCGUGCCCGGCGCCCCUGCCCGGGCACACGAGCCGGGCCGGCUGGCAAGGGCAUCGCUCAGGAGCGCCGCGUCUCCCUCGGCCGCCCUUACACACCGAAGUGCAAGGAGGAAACCAGGUGCCCUAGCAUAUAAAUAUAUUCACCCACAUUAUAUUUAUAUAUAGCUUGAUUUGAAUAUAUAUAUAUAUAUAUAUAUAUAUAAAUACAUACAUACACAUGUACGCACAGUUUCCAGUUAAGAGUAAACCAGAGCAUUUCUUUGUGCGUGUAAAGUUACCACACUUGUUUGCAGACAUGGGGGAAAAAGGGUGUUCGUUACAUAUGAAUAGGAAUCCUUUUUUUAAUUCUGUGAGCAUGUAAGGUAAAGAAAACCACCUAACUGUAUCAAGGUGACCAUCUUGUUAAUAAAUUGUAAAUGACCCAUCAAAGCUCACACCAAAUUUUUAUAAAGUUAACACAAAAAGUAUACUAGUGACAGACUGUGGCUUUUAUUAGAGCUUGCCAGUAACUAGGGUAAGUGUCUUAGAAUAUUUUAAUAAAAUUGCUUAUUUAAAGUUGAAACAAGAAAGCUUCCUUAUGCAAUAGAACUUUGCAGCUGCAUUCUUUAGUUAGCAUUUUUAUAGUACUUAUGAGUCAUACUGUAUGUUGUCUUUACUGCAGUGAGAUUAUGAGCAUAUCUUCCACAUCGCAUAUAUGUUUCAAUAGUAAAGCUUUUUGGAAGCAUUAAAAAAAAUCCAAAACAUACAUUUAGUUUUCCAUAAUGCUACACUAGAUAUUAAGUGUGUGUUGGUGGUUAAAAAUUGCUGUACAAUAGCUUUUCUCUGACUUCCUGUAUUGUACCAAAUAUGACACCAUGUCCUUUUUUUAAUCAAAAGGAAUCAUAACAACAGUGGUGACAGAGUAAAAUUAAUUUUUGUUGAGAACUUUCCUAAUUUUGUAUACUUCUUGGUAAUAUAUAAGCUGCCUUGAUACCUAUUUUCCUCUUGCAGCUUAGCUCCUGCAGCCCUGACCAAGUGAAAUCUCCCCUGGACCACGAUCCUCUCAGCUUCCUCGAGGUGUUUGCAUUGCCCAAGUGGCACGUGGAGGUUAGUGGCAGUUUCAUCUGAGCAAGGGCUGCAGGAGUGGACUGUUAGGCAGCCACAGGCACCUAAGUGGGAAGUGCCUGAUCUCAAAUGUUAACAUGGGCACGCUUCUAGUUCUCUUGCUCUGCCCCAUGCCUUGUAAUAGUCAUAUGCUGCUGCUUUAUCAUCAACAAUCAUAUUUUUAAAAAAUACAAUUAUUUCCACACACAGUUUGCAAAAGCAAAAGUCAACAAAGGCUUAACAACAUAAAUAUUUAAUGAAUGCAUCCAAAGGCACCCAAAGAUGAAUUGCACCUAUGCGCUAUCUUGAAUAAAACAAAUGACAUCAUCCUCCUACACAAAUAUUUUUCUCUUUCUUGCUUUCUUCCUCUGCCUAGCCAAUCUCUGGAAAGACAUCACUGAUAUGAGGGCCAUUUGUAUCAGUACCCCGUAAAGGUACCCUUUUCUAGUUUAAACCAAGGCUCAUACAGCAUUUGGGGGAUCAGUCCAAGGGCAUCCAAAACCAGGAGCAAAGAAAAAUCCUCUCUACCAACAGCGGGAAGGUUAGUUUCCUACAAAUGCAUGCCCAAGACAAGAGAUUGUUCUUUUGACACCUGAAGAGGUCAAUAUUAUGGUUGAAACUGAAUCAGCAGCAAACCCUUCAUUCACCUUUGCCACUUUAUUUCUUCACCCAAAUUGAAGCCUCCCAACUAUUACUACACAUCUCUAGCUUCAGACUGAGCUGUCACUCAGCUGCAUAAGCAUACAUAAGAAAAAUUAUGCUGUCAUGUUAAUGUUUCUCCCUCUCUCUCUGUCCCAUUCCAACAAGUGAUCAUGCCACGUCCUGUAGCACUGUACAAGUGACGAGCCACGUAAGAACUUGAGUUUUCUUACCUGGAGAAGCAUGGAGGUUCAGGCUCAGGAAAAAAAUGAUGCCCAUUUCCUGAAACAAAGGAGCUACAAUAAUUUUUUAGUCUUUCACAAUAGCAUGAAAAAGCAGAGCCAUUACAGUCUUUCUUUUUUUUUUAAUAGUUAAUUAAUUAUGUUUAAUGUUUGUUCAGCCAUAGCUUACUAUUUUUAUAACAUAGCACAUAUUUCUACCUAGCUAUUUUGGGCACUACAACAUUUAUUUCAGUCUAUCUUUGUAGGCAUACAGCGCUGUCAGAAAGGCAGUGAAUUUUUUUGAUUUUUUUUUCAUUUUGUAACAAACAUGCAUAAAACUUUUUUUUAAAAAAAAACUCAUUUCAUUUGAAAACAGUAUCUGCUCUUGAAACACAAAGUUAAUCACUAAGAGGAGUUUUAUUAGUAAGGUAAAAAUAUCACUGGUAGUGUACUUGCUAAUUGAAACCCUGUCUGUACACCUCAUGUGUGUGCUUGCAAUAUGCCUAUGUGCAUUUAUUAAUGUACUUUUCAGUAACUGUAGGUCUGAGGAUUAAAAUAAAGGGAAAUGAUCUGAAUUUCCUAGUAGGUAGCAAGGAAAAUUAGGGAAUGGUGAAACACUGGCUAAUACACUUGCUGAGCCCUAUCUUCAUCUCAUUUACACUGGUAUGAAUCAAAGAACAACUCCAGUACUAAAAUGGUUUGAAAUUCAGUCAUGUUUAGAUGAAAUUUUUCAUGUAAACCUCCCACACGUUGUUCUUCACUGGUCUGCUGUGAACAGUAAAGCAGCAACAUUUAUCACAAGAUGAUCGCUGAGUACGUAUGUAUUGCUGCAAGUCUCUCUUUUGGGGCAUACAGCCUAGCUGAUGCUACCCGCAGAUGACUCGCUUCCUUCACUGACCACUUUAUCAUGGCUCUAAGGCAUCCAGUACAGUUCUGUUUAACCUUUAUUUAAAAUGACUGCGGCCUCUGGACAAAUAAUUUUCCCUUGGUCUCUCGUGUAGCCAUUUAAGUUAGGGAUAACUGCAAUACAAACCUCCUCUAUUAAAUUAUGGACUUUUACCUUCAGUUAUAGGGAUCUAGCUUAAAUGUUUUAUCAUUCUAAAGGGAAAGAAAGACAGACCUAUGUUAUAGUAACACCUUUUGCAUCAUUGAUCUUUCCUUUGCAUGACUUCCUUUCAGAAACGUUGAGGAACAGCCCAUUUUCUUCUCAGUUGCUACCAAUGCAACUUGAGACAGAGCAGAGUUGUGUACACAAAUCACUUUAUAUCACCACGUGUCUAAAGGCCAAGUUUCUUUCUGAGUGGGCUUAAUAAUGCCUCAUUAAAAAAAAAAAAAGUGAAAAAACACAAGAGGAGUAAUGUUUGUUAACAAGAGUCACAUCAACUUGAGAAUACCAUGUCUAGGGCAAAACUCUGUGUCCAUGGUCCUUUCUUCCCCUUACUGUAGCUCUAGAAACUCAGUUGUCAGAGAGAGAGACCACUGUCCAAUGGUGACCAAAAAUAUAAAUCAUAGAUUUCUCUCUCAUAAUUCUAAAAUCUUCAGAGUUAACAUGCAAAGUAAGUACUUCAGUAGUAUCAAUUACAAUAGUUUAAAUGCAUUUAAAGUAAAUAUGGCUGACUGUGUAAAACACAUAGCCCAUGGCCUGCACUGUUUUUUCUACCCAAAUGUCCAUGUAUGCUAGUUGAUUUAUAGCUGUCCAAAUGGAAUGGAAACACUCACUCACACAUUCUCAGCGAAAGUUACUACUUGCACAAUUGCUAUGUGUGUGUAUAUAUGUAGAUAUAUAGAGAUAUACACAUACAUAUAUAAAUAUAUAUAUAAUAUAUGCAGAUGGAGGGAGACUAAUACAACAUGGAGACUUGAAAUAAGCAGGUUCAUUCCGUGAGUUACAGCUGAGUACCUGAAUUAAAGAAAUCAUAUGUUACGUAUGCCCAAUCAAUGUGAUGAUCAAAAAAAGCGAACAAACAAAAAGACCCCCACAAGCUUAUUCCAAUUCUCAUGUUGUAUUUAUGCUACCUUUAGCUGUCCCCUCUUUUAACACAAUUUAUAUCAUUUGAAGAUAUACGUAAUUGUUUACUGAUUCAUUUUUAGUCAUCUGUGUAUCAGCAGGUCAUCAGUAGUAGAAGGGGAAGGGGGUAGAGCCAGAAUUCUGCAUUACUGCAUUUUUUUUCAGCAGGACAGCUGUUUGGGAAACUUUUAUCCAUCUACUGAAUCUUACACUACCCCUUCUUUGCAUCAAUAAUUAACUGUAUUUUAUGAUUUGAGGUUAAAUGAAUGUAGUGUAAAGACAGAGUGUGUGUAUAUGUCUACGCCUAUACACCUUACCUGGAGUUGCAGAACGAGAGUAUGAUGGUGAAGUCAGUACAAACAAGCUUGUUGGUGCUGCCAUUUCAAACAGAAGUCUCCUAUAAAAUUAUGUUCGUCCCAUAAUGAACACUGUAAGUAAGUUAUCACCAAGGUAUUUUUUAAUGAUUUUCUUUUUCUUUUUUUUUUAAGUAAAAGUUCAAACAAGAACGAAAAUAUUUUGUUUGAUUUUAAAGGAAGAUACUUAAUUCAGCUACCUUUCCAGUUAAUCGUUUCUUUGGGCCCUAGUUGCUGAAUUGCUUGCUGUUUCUGAGGUGUAAAUAAACGUUUUGAUUUAUGACGUGGUUGAAAAGAAACUUGUAAUUUAUUUGUGAAAUGCUCAAAAAUAAAGGAUGUAUGGGCUUUUA